UAGCAUCUCACAAUUUAAGAAAAUUAGCAUAAAUCUUUCAAAUCUAAUAUGCGACUACCAUAUUAAGAUAUUGGUAAUCGAUUAAACAGUAACUUUAUUAUGAAAUUAUUCACGUCCUUCUAUCAACUGCAUAUCAACUUUAGGAGACUUAAGGAUACUUUUUUAGAUACAAUAAUAUCUCAUUCAAAAACCAUGACAAUUUCGAAUGUGUUAUUGAUCAGGUGUAGCAGUAAUACCUGUGCGCUUCAAAAAAGUUACCGUUGACGUAUUUUUAUUGGCAGGUCAAUUUGAAGGAUGAAGUGUACUCCUACUGAAUGAAAUUAAAAAGCAAAAACAAUAGAAAAUGCAAUCGAGUAAUGUGGGCCUAUGUAGCUUGUAAAAAACGAUACAUGUAAACAAAUUAUUAAUUUUUAUUUAACAGUCUAUCGGUUUUUUUUUUUUUAAUAUUACUACAGAUCGUGAUUUUGAUCCUUUUGAAACAGAAAUAUACCUACCUAGAUUGAUCGUUGAAGAAAUUACCGGUUUUCCUUUAAUGAUAGGUAUAUUAUGAUUACACGCCAAGGGAAGAAUUACGGCAUUCCCCUCCGAGUCUGAAUUUCCCGAUUUUAGGAACAAGAGCCCAACAUUUCCUUUCCUUAUUAGGAAAGGAUUUUACCAUCAACCUGCCGAUUUUUACUCUAAAAUAAUUUUUCAGUCCCCCUCCUAGGAACUUACCAUUUUCGCCUUCUUGAAUUUAUUCAUUCUAUAUGCGCGUUUCGGCUGUUGUGCCAUCGCCAGGAGUUUUAUUAAAGAUUCAAAUUAAAAUGUAUAAUCGCUCCUAUCAAUGUUCAUUACACUUUACAUUUAAUAUCGAGUUCAUUUAUCUAAAAUGUCAUUGAAAAGUCGAAAAGUCUAGGUUAUUACGUCUUUAAAUGUAGACGGUUCUAAAUUCAUAGUAAUAUCUAUUGCCAUUGUAGUAAGUGAUGCAAGUUUACGAUCCCAAUUAUUUCAGUUAUGUAUUUGUUGAUAAAGUAAAAUAUUCAAGUAAUAAAGACGAAAUAGUUUUUAGCCAACAGGCAAUUAAGCAAACUUUCGCAAUUACUGGAAAAACUAAAGGUAAAGACGGAGGCAAGGUAACUACUGUAGUUGCAACUCCUGGACAAGGACCAGAUCGGCCCCAGGAGGUUUCGUAUACUGAUACAAAAGUUAUUGGUAAUGGAAGCUUUGGUGUCGUUUAUCAAGCGAAAUUGUGCGAUACAGGUGAAAUGGUCGCGAUUAAAAAGGUCCUACAGGAUAAGCGAUUCAAGAAUAGAGAAUUGCAGAUCAUGAGGAGAUUAGAGCAUUGUAAUAUAGUUAAACUAAAAUAUUUCUUUUAUUCAAGUGGGGACAAGCGUAAUGCCGUGGUUCCAUGUGACUUUCCCGUAUUGUGGGGUGCCAAGGACGAGAAGGACGAGGUGUACCUGAACUUGGUGCUAGAAUACAUCCCGGAAACCGUCUACAAGGUGGCUAGGCAUUACAGCAAGUCUAAACAAACCAUACCAAUCAGCUUUAUUAAAUUGUACAUGUACCAGUUAUUCCGAUCACUGGCAUACAUUCACUCCCUUGGGAUAUGUCACCGAGAUAUCAAGCCGCAAAAUUUGCUACUCGAUCCGGAGACGGGCGUCCUGAAGUUAUGCGACUUUGGAAGCGCCAAGCACUUGAUCAAAGGCGAGCCGAAUGUCUCGUACAUUUGCAGCCGCUAUUAUCGCGCCCCUGAACUUAUCUUCGGUGCGAUCGAUUACACCACCAAGAUCGACGUGUGGAGUGCCGGUUGCGUUCUUGCAGAACUGCUCCUUGGUCAGCCAAUCUUUCCAGGCGACUCGGGUGUCGAUCAGCUUGUCGAAAUCAUCAAAGUGUUGGGAACACCGACCAGAGAACAGAUAAGGGAAAUGAAUCCCAACUAUACCGAGUUCAAGUUCCCUCAGAUCAAAUCCCAUCCCUGGCAACAGGUAUUUAGAGCUCGUACACCUCCCGAGGCUAUUGAAUUAGUAGCCAGACUGUUAGAAUACACUCCGUCAUCCCGCAUUAGUCCCCUCCAAGCAUGUGCACAUCCCUUCUUUAACGAACUUCGAGAACCAAACACGCUUCUGCCUAAUGGAAAUCCCCUACCGCCACUUUUUAACUUCACCGAGCAAGAGUUAAGCAUACAGCCCAGUUUAAAUAGUAUAUUGGUACCACGGAAUCAAGAGUCGAGUAACAGUCCACAAGAAGGCGGGGGUGCGGCCGCCGGUUCUGCCGAAACGAAUGAACCACAGUCGACCCCCGCUCAAGCGACUGCUUCGGGGGUAGCAUAGGUAGUUUAAUAGAAUGCAUUGUGGUUUGGCGUCGCAGCCGCAACCGUUCCAUUCGUCUGCGCAGGCGCGCUAGCGUUUGGUUAAAACGGACGCGUGCAUCGUCGCCAUUCCUUUCUCCUAUAAAACUUAUCGUUUUUUCAUUCACCCUGAUGACGCAUACUGUCGGUCGUCCCAAACGCCGCAACCCAUGUAGCAAAGUGAUUAAUGUGAGAUUGUUGAUUGGACAGCUGUACUGUAGAGUAAUAAAAAAUAGUGUAUUGUACAGAAUAUAAUUGUUCAUAAGCCGGCAUUUUGUAUUUUAAUGCCAUCUAUGAUUGUUUUUAGUUACUUUUCUUGUCCACCGAGGUUACGUUAUUUAAUUUUUAUUAUUAACCGUAUAUGAUGUUAAUAAUUUGUGUAAGAGUUGCAAAGUCGGCUUUAUAUGAAAAAUUGGUGGUUGCGCUUUCAAAAUUUUGAAUCGCUUCCGUUCCUUCUCUUCCAUUUUUCGUUUGUCAUUCGAUCGACAUGAAAAUUAGAGAGCAAAUGUCUAAAUAAAGAAGAGAAAAAAAUUGAAAUGCGAAGAACAAACAGGCAAUCGGCGCUUAAAGAGAAUUUAACAGAAACAAGGAUUUGUUUGGCAUCCAAACUUAUCUUAAGAUUUGAGGCAGAGUCUUAAUAUUCUUUUCUUUGUUUAGUCGUCGUUGUUGUUGUCAUCGUAACUAGUGGUAUUGUUUUUGUUCUUCAGUUUUGUUUUCAUUAUGUUUCGUUCGCUGUUGUUGGGUAGGUUGGGUAACGCGGACGGAUUAGAGAAAUGCGGGCGCAACCUCGGUGACGUACUAUCCAAAUGGAAUUCUAACGGAAACGAUCAGUGAUACGUUGUUUAGCUCUGACGACUGUACGCAAAUACAUCUAGAAAGGCCCCCCCUCAAUUCGAGUAAUUCUUUCCAAAUAUACCUAUGAAAGAUUGCCACGGAAACAUGGUAUACAAUUAAAUAUUAGAAGUAGGUAUAUAAAUAACAAUAUUUAUCUCCAUUAGGGACCUUUUAAGAUGACACGUGUACACAUAACAUACAUAUGUAUAAUUUUAGAAAAGUGUAACUAAUUAAAGUAGAUCUUUUAAUUAAUUGAUUUGAGUCUUAUGUAAGUGGUUUUAACAUUGAUUAUAAAAUGUUUUUUAAGGGAUUAAAUUUUAUAUUAUUUAUAUUCUGGUGUGUUGGAUGAUUCCCACUGUUUACUACUGCUAUUACAACUACUACUACUGUUGCUACUACUACUACUACUCCUACUUCACUUUACUGUUUUUACUACUACUAUCGUAUUAAACGGUAACUUCCUGGUAGUGACUGGAAGGAACGGAAUUGUUCAUUGGACAGUGUUGAAUAAUUGGUUUAGUGUACGUUCGAAAUAAUUUCGUCGAGUGUUUUCUAAUGAUUGGUGACAUGAACGUGAAAACCAUUCUCACUGCGUCGCUUCAGCUUUAGAGGGAAAUGUUUCAAUUGUUAAAAUAAUAAUUAUAAAAUAGAGGACUAGCUAACUUAGUGCUGCGAGCAAGAGCAUGUGGUGUUUAUCACUUUGCGCGCCUACUACUUUUAAUUAAUUAAAUAAUUACAAUAAAUUAUUUAAAAAAGCGACUAGAGUUCCGAUAUGUGCACUUGGCCAAACAUUUUUAACAUACUUAAUAUAUGCGCAUGUUAUUAUCACAUUUUUACUUAUGGGCUUGCUGCUCGUUAAUUCAUUGAAUUCCGAUUGUUAGCCUCACACAAUCAAAAUUGGAAUCAAAGUAUUUAUUUUCUUGUUUACAUCCAACUAAAAAUGUUUUUUAAAUAAGUUAUCUACCCAGGUCUUUUAAAGUUAAUUUUUUUUUGCUUAUUUCAAAACUAUCAUCUUCUGUUAUAUUUAUUAGAAAAAUAAUGAAACAUAUCGCCAUUUGUUGCAGGUCCAAUAAAAAAAAACUAAUUGGUAGUAAUAGAACACUCAAAGAUACUGCAUCUUUGGCUUACGUAUAUUAAAAAUGAAUGUUUCACGAAGCAGUAUCUUUUAAGUCAACCAGUUACUAUAUUAAAAUAGCAAACUUUAAAUUUUAUGCAAGUAGUUUCAAUAAAUAAUCUCUUUUGCUUCUAAAAAGUCAUACAUAUUGUGUAAAGAGUGACUUGACAAUUUCCUUUCUUUUUCCACAUUUCAAUUAAAUUAUUGAUGGUGUUCUAGUAAAUAUACAAUAUUUACCUAUUUAUUAAGUGAUCGUAACAAACUCAAACUUGGAAUCGUAGUAAAAGUCACCUGCAUUCUAUGAAUGCACUUAUUGUAAUCCUUGUUUUGUUCAAUUUCUGGAAGCAUACAUGCAUGUAGCUUUGGGUUGUAUAGUUUUAACAGUAAGUGUAUUUAUCUUAGAUUAUACAUAUAUGGUACUUUUGGCAGUACCUACACAUAGAUCACCAAGAAUAAAUGUAUAUAGAGGA